AUGGAUCUGUUCUUGACCCUGAUAAUUGUACUCUACUCUGGACUUCCCGUCAGCUCCUGCUCACAGCCCCCCCUUCGUCAGUACCACUAUGUUCCCACAGAAAUGAGCUGGACCGAAGCCCGACAGUUCUGCAGAGAGAAAUACACCGACCUGGCCACCUUUGACAGCAUGGAUGACAUCAGCAGGCUGAAAGCUGAUUUCUCUUAUUCCUGGGCCUGGAUCGGACUCUGGGAUGACCCUGAAAACUGGAAAACCUCCAUGGGCAAUGACACCAACUCUUGGAGUGCCGCUGAUGAUGUCAGACAGCGGCUGGGUCAUGUGAAGGGCAGCAGCAUGGAGGAGUUCAGGGAGAGUUCAGCCGCAUACAUUAGGAUUUUCCAUGCUGACGUCCCCCCGACGGGAUCCGCCGAUCUGAUCAUGUUUGACUUCAUGGAAUUCCCAGUUUUCGGUCCGGGAGAGGUCCUGGACUUCCACUCUGCCUCCAGCCCCGCGUGCACGCUGCAGGAGCAGGAGCAGGAGCCGGAUUCGGACCUGGCAGCUUUCUUCCCGGAGCUGAUCGAGUGCGACUGGCAGGCGCACCGCUGCUCACAGUCCGUGGGAAGCCAGAGCUCCAGCUCCAGUUCGGACGACCUGUUCGCCGGGCCGCCCUCCCCGCCUCCGCCCCCCCGCACGUACAAGCCCUGCUUCGUGUGUCAGGACAAGUCCUCGGGCUACCACUACGGAGUCAGCGCCUGCGAGGGCUGCAAGGGCUUCUUCCGGCGCAGCGUGCAGAAGAACAUGGUGUACACGUGCCACCGCGACAGAAACUGCAUCAUCAACAAGAUCACCAGGAACCGCUGCCAGUACUGCCGCCUGCAGAGAUGCUUCGCCGUGGGGAUGUCCAAAGAGUCGGUGAGAAACGACCGCAACCGGAGGAAGGGGAAGAAGGAGGCGGUGAAGAUGACCAUCAUGGAGACGUACGAGCUGACGGCCGAGCUCGGCCUCGUGGUGGAGAAGAUCUGCAGAGCGCACCGAGAGACCUUCCCUUCUCUCUGCCAGCUGGGGAAAUACACCACAAACUCCAGCUCAGACCACCGGAUCCAGCUGGACCUCGGCCUGUGGGACAAGUUCAGCGAGCUGGCCACAAAGUGCAUCGUGAAGGUGGUGGAGUUCGCCAAGCGGGUGCCGGGCUUCACCGGCCUGACCAUCGCCGACCAGAUCACCCUGCUCAAAGCCGCCUGCCUGGACAUCCUGAUCCUGAGGAUUUGCACCCGCUACACCCCUGACCAGGACACCAUGACCUUCUCCGACGGGCUGACGCUGACCCGCACGCAGAUCCACAACGCGGGCUUCGGGCCGCUGACGGACCAGGUGUUCUCCUUCGCGGGCCAGCUGCUGCCGCUGGAGAUGGACGAGACGGAGAGCGGGCUGCUCAGCGCCAUCUGCCUCGUCUCCGGAGAUCGGCAGGACCUGGAGGAGCCGUCCAAGGUGGAGGUGCUGCAGGAGCCGCUGCUGGAGGCGCUGAAGAUCUACUCCCGGAAGCGGAGGCCCAGCAUGCCGCUGAUGUUCCCCAAAGCCCUCAUGAAGAUCACCGAUCUGCGCAGCAUCAGCGCUAAAGGAGCCGAGCGAGUGGUGACGCUGAAGAUGGAGAUCCCGGGCUCCAUGCCGCCGCUGAUCGAGGAGAUGCUGGAGGACCUGGAGAGCCUGACGGCCGCCCAGCACGCGUACUCAAACUCCUCCGGCUUCUCCCGCUGAGGACUUCUCCCAGAGAGUGAUUCCCCCAGGAUACAAAGUCCAGAUGCAGUUCAGUGGGUCGCUUGUGUCUUACCUCAGCCGUUGUCCGGAAAUCCGCCAGAAAGGAGGUUCGGCUGCCACCUCGCCGGCCUUCAGGUGAAAGAGAGGCUGGUUUUUGUGGGCUCGAAAGGAGGGAAAUAAAUAGAACGAUGCAGUAUUAUUUUAAUCUUUGUUUCUAUUCACCUGCAACUUGGUCGUAACCACGUCAGAAACAAUGAAAAGCGCUCAGCCUUUCUUUACCAUUUCUGAUUUCUACCAUAUUUAUAUAUGCAUGAGUUUUCAUGGAUUAAUUUUACCUCAUUAAAGAAAAAGUUUAGCGUUAGUCGUAGAAAGAGCGGAAAACAUAUCUUUUUAUAAUAAUUUGUCAAAACUUUUUGUGUAAGAAGGGAAACUGAAAAGCUUGGUGAAGUAUGAAUGUUCAUAAUUGGCUUUAACAAAGUUCCCAAACUUAUGUAUCUUAAAUGAUAGAAGAAAGAAACAGGACUUUUAUGAAUAGUAUUGUGUCUAUAAGCGUGUUGCUUCUCCUCAACAGGGAGUUUUAACUGGAAACCAGUUCACCAGUUACGCAGUGGGACAGAUGAAGCUAAUAAUGAUACACAACUGUAUAUCGUCACAGAUUGUCGUGAUUUUUGACAUUUAUUUUAGGAGCCAGAAAGAGUUUGAAAAGUUUCAAAGCCGAAAAUGUACCUCUGUGUUAUUGUCCUUGUUAUUGUUGUUUAGGUUUAAAAACAAGAGGAUGUAUCUUAACAGUGCUCUCGGCGUGGCACAUGUUCUAACACAGACACCUUUACUUCUCCUUUAGCGCCAUCAUCAGACGAAAAAUGUAAUUUCUUUUCAAACAAACAGGCAUCUUCAUCCAUCUGAGCUGAACAUGUUGUUGAAUU